CCGACUCCAUAAAUAGCUAGAAAAGAGAGAAAAGUGAGGCUCUACUGAUUCAAGUCGCCUCUUCCUUCGCUCUCAGUAAAUCAGUAAUAGAUUCAUGUAUAUAUGUAUAGCAUCUAUUUGAUUCAAAUCUAACAACGAUGACGAAUCAGUUCGAGAAUUUGAUAGAGUCGAUUAAGUCGAAGGUGAAGGCGUUGAAAAGGAAGAAAUCGAAGAAGGUGUAUGUGAAGAUGGACAAAACGAACAGUGUUAGGGUUGAGAUCCGUAGUCGUCAUGCUCGCAAACUCAUCGACAAAACUCUUCAAGCCGCCGAUCAUCCCGGCAAGCGUCCCGUCACUUGAUUUACUUUUUUUUCCUCCCUUCUGAUUCUGAUUUUGAUUUUCUCCUUUUGUGUGUAUAAUUUCGUAUUCCAGCAGCUUAUCGUGAUCAGGUAAGACGUUUC